AUGUCCAAGCGCCCUUCCUCCCCCGGCCCUCAGUCCCGCGAGGCGGGCGUCAACCCUGUGUCGGAUCAGUCCCCCUCGGCGUCGGCGCAACGACAACGCACCACCCAAGACGGCACCCAGCCACCGAGGACAGCGGCCGACACUGACGAGAUGGGCGAGUUCGAGGAUCAGUUCGAGGACGAGUUCGAGGACGAGGAGGUCGACCAUAAUGCACGCAACGACGACGACGACGACUCCGAUAACGCGUCCGACGACGAGGAUGGCGGCGAGGAGAUGGAGAUCGAUGGCGUCAGGACCGACGGCAAGAUCAGAAGGGCCGACGAGGAAGAAGAUGGCACCGCCGACAAGGCCGCCGCCGCGGCCGAGGUCCAAGCCUACAUUCCCGGCGUAAACAAGCUCGAAGAGGGUCAGACGCUCGAGGCGGACCAGUCGGCCUACGAGAUGCUCCACAAGCUCAACGUGACCUGGCCCUGCCUCUCAUUCGACCAUCUCCGCGACCACCUGGGCAGCGAUCGCCAAGGCUUCCCGCACACGUCCUACUUUGUCGCUGGCACUCAGGCCGACAUCGCCAAGAACAACGAGAUCAUGGUCAUGAAGGCCUCGAGCCUCCACAAGACCCAGGGCGACGACAACCUAUCCGACGACGAGGACGAUGACGAUGACGAUGGCCUCGACGACGACGCCAUCCUCGAGUAUCGCUCCAUCCCUGUCGUCGGCGGGAUCAACCGCGUCCGAGCUGCUCCGGUUGCCACGCCAACGGCCGACUCGGAGGCAUGCCUGGACCCGUAUCCCGUCGCCGUCUGGAACGAGACCGGCAAGGUGCAGAUCUUCGACGUCCGACCGCUCUACAACGCCCUCGAUCGACCCGGCACCACCUACGACAAGCGCAAGGUCAAUGCGCCGAUGUUUGUUGUUGACGCGCACCGCGGCGUCGAGGGCUACGCCAUGGACUGGGCCGGCCUGGGCGGUGGCGGUGGCGCCACAGGCAAGGCAAGCAGCCUUCGCCUGCUGACGGGCGACAUCCACAGCAAGAUCUACCUCACGACGAGCAGCAACGCCGGCUUCGUCACCAACGCCACGCCAUUCGCCUCGCACACGUCCUCGGUCGAGGACCUGCAGUGGUCGCCGUCGGAGCCGACCGUCUUUGCCUCGUGCUCGGCGGAUCGCAGCAUCCGCAUCUGGGACGUCCGCGUCAAGAGCCGCAAGAGCGUCAUUGCCGUCGAGGACGCCCACCCCGAGGACGUCAACGUCAUCUCCUGGAACCGGGGCACCGACUACCUGCUGGCCUCGGGCGGCGACGAGGGCGGCAUCAACGUCUGGGACAUGCGCACUUUCAAGUCGUCGACGGGAGCUGGCGGCGCUCCCGCACCCGCUCGCCCGAGCCCCGUGGCCGGCUUUCAGUGGCACACGGCGCCCAUCUCGAGCAUCGAGUGGCAUCCGACCGAGGACAGCAUCUUUGCCGCAUCGGGUCGCGACGACCAGGUCACGCUGUGGGACCUCAGCGUCGAGCAGGAUGACGAAGAGGCCGAUGGCCAGGGCGCCCUCAAGGGCCCCGACGGCCAGGACGUGCCCUCCCAGCUCCUCUUCUGCCACCACGGAUCCCACGACAUCAAGGAGGUGCACUGGCACCCCCAGAUCACCGGCAUGCUCACCACCACCAGCCUCGACGGUUUCAACCUGUUCAAGACCAUCUCGGUCUGA